AUGACUUUUCAUUUUUUUCCGAGUAAUGCACUGUUUUUUCAUACUGAAAAUAAUACGGAAGCCUGUGAAACAAACGAAAAAGCUGGAAUGGUACUUAGUGUUUUUGACACAAGUUAUCUUCUCCAAUAUACAACUCCAUUACCAAUGUGCACUCGAAAAUUAUCCUUUCCAUAUAUCGGAAAUCUUACUGAUGGCUCAUAUUCAUCAGUGCAUAAACGUCAGACUCCAGAAAUAAUUACCAUUAUCAAAAGGAUAAGCAGUCGUCUCAUAAUAGAGCAGGCAAUUGGUUAUAAAUUCAUAGAUCGUCUGGUGAUCUUGAUGUGGUGGAGGGAAGAAUAA